AUGGAAAAAAUAUUAAAAAUUAAACAAGUUGAUGAAUUGACGGAUGAAAAAUUUACGUUAUUAUUUUUGAAUAUUAUUGAACAUUGUCCAGAAGCUACUGAAGCAGUUGUUGCAAAAAGACCAUUUUUUAAGGUUGAAAAUUUGAUAAAUUCAUACUGGCAAUAUCUUGAUGAACUUGAUGAAAAUGGUAGAAUAAAUAUUUUAAAAAGUCAUCCAGAUCUUGGAUGUAAAAAAGACGAAAUAAAAUUAACAAAUGAAUCACAAUUUGAACAAGUCUCUGCUGGUAUUGAAAAAGCUGAUAAAACUGAUAAAGAAAUUCUUCAGGAUUACAAUAAAUUAUACAAAGAAAAAUUUACAUUUCCAUUUGUCAUUUGUGCAAGACAAAAUAUGGUAAAGGAUAUAUUAAAAGCAAUUAAAAUGAGAUUAAAAAAUUCAAAAAUUGAAGAAAUUAAAAAUGGAAUUGAAGAAGUUAAAAAAAUUGGAAAACUCAGAAUAAUGGAUAUAGUUUUAUCAGAUUAA